AUGUCCGUGUUCAUGGAAGUGUUCAACCACCUUGUUUUACCACCACAGCUUCCUGGUAAACAGGACGCCAACAUUGGAAGCACUGGUGAUGCCAUCAUCCUCCGGCUCAUCCAGGCUACAUCUACUCUGAGCCGAAUUGCUAGUCAAGAACAGACAUCUCCCUGGUAUGCGAUUCGUCAGCACCUUCGCCGCUGCCAAUGUCUUCAUAUAAAUGGUCGGCUCGAGAAGCAGACACUGAUCUCAACAUUUUACAACUUCAAUGCGGAGCAACCACUUCUGCUACAUAUCGCAGAACAGAACACCGCGCUUAUCGUUCGAUACAAUUCGAGUGUCAAAACAGAAGCUGUUGUCUUCGAAGCUUUCGAACUAUCCUCUCCAUCUGCCGAAGUACUGGCUAGUGAAGGUGCUCUUAUCUGCGAUUUCCCUCAUUGCUCAGCGCAGAUACCAUCCGACGAGUUCCGAAAGCCAUCGUUCCAGGACGCGCUUGCUGACUUUCUGGAAAAGGGCAGCAUAGAGCCCUUGAGAUGCUUCCAGCCACUUGUGACGAAAGCGCAAACCCCAGUCGUCGAGUCGCGCGAUACAGCCAGUCCAGGACUUAUAACGCAUCUUCUUAUGCCCCUGCUCGAAUCGAUUGGGUCGCCAGUAGACGAAGAUGUUAAUCGCUUGAGAAAACGUGUUCGUGAUGAUGCAAACAUCGAGACUGCGGAGAUCCCAUGGCGGAGAUUGCCUCUCUGGAUAGCACUGCGCGUUGGAAUUCAAAGACAAUUACAACUCUCGCUAGGGGACGAAGCUGGGAGAGCUCACUACAAGUUCUUGAUCGUCACUGUACUUGUUGAGAUUCUACUCGAAUGCCCCAGAAGACUGGCACCUGAGCUGACGAUGACUCUGCGAGCCAAAAUCUGUCGUCGUCUUGCAAAACUCGAGCAAGAGAAGAAUAGGAUGCCGGAAGUAUACGGCCAAUUGUUCAACGCUACUACAGACUUCUUCAAGAAUAGCAUUAUGGAAGCCACGCAGCUAGUGAAUUUAGCUUGGGAGAAAUUCAAACGAGAGACGACACGGCCUGUUCCUGUGCUUCCCACACGUGCUGACCUGCAAGCACAAUUUCUGUCUCUUCCCAACAGUAGACCGCACCUUCAAAGCGUUUUGGAAUCACGUCAUUCACAGAAGAAAACUCCCCGAUCUUUGCAGCUUCCAUCGCUACAUGAUACCGCGAUCGAGCAAGUUGAGCGGUUCACUGAUAUGUAUCAUCGAUUGGCUGAGUUGGAGAGCAAGAUCGAAACAAGGGAAGAGCCCAAGUUAACUAAAGACUCCACGCUCGAAUCGUUUUGCGAAAAACUAUCAGAUGCAAUACUCGGUCUCAUGAGCAUUGUUGGAGCAGCCUACGACUCCGAUCCCGAGCAAAUGUCCAUGUUCAUUUUGAGUCUUUUCACACUUUGGGUGAGGCUGGACAAGUACAUCAUGGAUAUUUUCCCUAUCAUCCUAGAGUACCACCCAGUAUUUACUCCCGAGCUCUUAGAUGCUCUGCAUUUACCGACAGCCGCGGGGAUGCGCCGACUUCAAUUGCUUUGUGGUAAGAUACGUUUCGACCUCCAAAUCACUGCAACAACUCCAUCAAAGCAUACAACAAGCAUCGGAGGUAUCACGCCAGGCGAAGACAUAGAGUUGGAGAAGUGGUGGUCGGAGUUCGACAAACAUUCCUUGGGUAUCUCUGGAGGCGCAUGUACCUGCAAAUUCAAGCCCGAUGGGACGCGAGACGUAAGGGGAUGUACCAAAUGCUGGCAUUGGCGAGUCCGGAACCGCAUGCAGAUCUAUGCGCACGAGGAUUUUCUCCCUAGCGACCCCAUUAAAUCAGCAGGAGUUAUCUUCGAGCUAGGUAUUCCAAAAUCUUUUGCUGCAUAUCGCAACGCAACGUGGAAGAUUUUGAUGUUGGCUUACCCUGGCAAACCACAAUCCGGAUCGCCGACAAUACUCUUAAGAGACUACGACCCGCUCACAGCAUAUGCAUCGAAACAAUCCACCGGUGUCACUAUUGCAUCGACAUCUAAAUCAUUUCGUGGCACGCAUUACAAAGUUGGUAAGAAAAAAAUGAGAGCGUCCGAAUCCGAUGUCCUUUAUCCCAAUGGAUUAAAUUUCUCGUACUUCGACACGGUUUCGAAGACCUGGAUCAAGGAUUUCGACAGACCAUUGACCUUCCAACAUGAGUGCGGAGUACAUGUACCACCUGGGCUUUGCAGCUUGCUCAUACCAAGCUCGUCGCAUCCUCCUACUGUGAUAACUGGGCCGUCUUCAUAUGAAAUCGUCGCAUCGGAAACGCAAUGUCCAUCCGACAUGUCCGUACAUGAGUUCACAGCUUAUCAACGAUUGCUUUCCGGCAACACCCGCCGAUGGCUGACGAUGUUGGUCGAACUAGGCGCGUCGAAUGUGAACUUCAGCAACGAGAGUACAAUGCACAUAUUCAAUCACCUUGCUACUCAAGCCGGGCCGGCAAGUGACAAGCACGAUACAUUCGGCGACAUCCAUGCAGUCUUCAAAGAUAUGUCAUUUUGUGACCGCCUAGCCGCACAAGUGGAAAUACGCCUCAAUGACAUCUCGUCGAAUUGGCGUGAGAUUCAUUGCAUGGAGGUUAUGAUCACGUUGAGUUUGCGCCUUUGUCACUUGGCGGCCCCCAUGGUGCGAGCGAACGAACUUUUGAUUCAGGCACGUUGCAUCACCUUAGCUUGGAUUAACCGUCUUCGAGCCGAUGUUAGAAAUGCCAAAGAGACCUCUGUUGCGGAAAUAGCCGCUAGAUAUGCUUUUUGGGCUGCAUUACUCUGCCGCAGGACAUUCUCUAACAGCAAAGAACCAGAUGCUGUGAUGUCAGAGAAUGAUUUGUCUACAUUUUUCCAAGCAUCAUUGGCUCUUCAAGAGAACCUUCUUGUGGACGUGGCCAAGCUACCACCGAUUCUGAAGAGGAUGUUUAUUCGAGAUACUAAAACAACAUACAAGAUCAAAUCACUCCUACUGCAGUCCAUAAGAGCCCGUCCUCAAAGUGUGAGCAUGGCGAUCAACGCAUCAUGGUCAGAACCGGGCAGUUCAGUGGAGAAAUCCUUCAGUAGUUGGAAGCAAGUUUCACCGGUACAUGACCGAUGGGUAGUAAGCACCAUGAAGACUGCGACGAAGAAUCCAGCAAACACACAAGUAGUUCACUACAACUUUAUAGAGGGUCACUUACUUAUCGAUGGCAAGCCACUAGGAAGACUUCCGCGCGAUUUUCGAGAGUCAAAUGAUGUGAGACAGCUCUUUGGUAAUCAACAUCUCCUCACAUUCCCAUCUGCUGAAUUUGGCAUGUCGUACGUCCUUGCGUCACGUAUCAAAAACAACGAGAUACACUUUGGCUCUCGGAAUGGGCGGGUCAUCAUCCGUGCUUGGAGUCGGGAUGGGCUGCUGGAAUACAUACCGCCUCACCUUUUCGUCGGACCUGAGACGAUCGAUCUGCCAGACGGACUCGUAUCCAACUGCGUGCAUUGGCUAAAUAUAAACACAAGAUGUCUUGAGAUCCGGCGCAAGCCUUUUCUGUGGAGGACAAGGAUAAGCGACUGGAAAGUUGAUCUUAUCAAAUCGCAGGCUCAUCGAAGCAAUCGGACAGUAUUGGUCGACCCUAAUUCCUCCCUCUUCAAGCAAGUUGCCGGCGUCUUCCGUGGUUUUGAACACCCACACAAGAUUACCAUUUUCCAGCCUGUCAAUUUCAGGGGGAAGCUGUCUGUGGAACUACGCCAUUUGGAACUGUCAUUCUUCGUAAACCCAAAUGGGCUUCUCGAAUGUCGAGAGUUGAAUGAAGAGAUCGAUCCCAAUCAAGAUGCUGGCACACUCUACGGUUUCGAGAGUAAAAUCGUACUGCGUGACGUCGCAAACAAAAAACGCCGCAGCAUAAUAGCACCAUGCGGACCAAUAUCUACUACACGCCAUGGAAUGCACGUGGCCGUUCGAGCAGCUGCUAGCACUGAUUAUGCAAAAUUCGGAAUUGACGAUGUACUUGGACGCUUGUCUUGCCCUCCUGAGCCUCGGCUCUUAUACUCAAAGGCUCAAUUCCAUGCAUAUACAUCAUUCGUCAUACCGGAUCCUUUGACUGGCCGCACAGGUACCGAAGAAGCGUUGCACAUGCUCCAAUCAGGUCAUUGCCAACCAUGGGAACCGUUAGGUGGAGGACCACUCAACAUUCUCAAAUCAAUUUCACAUCUUAUUAUUAUUCCAUUAUAG